AUGCACGUUAAGCGUGUUACGCUAACGUCCAAAAAGAACUGGUGGAUGGUUGAAAUGGAUGAAGAAAACGAAAGUAAACAGCCUGCCUCCUCCGCAGACACGGUCGUGGAUCCGUUUCACUAUAAUGACUACAUCAAGCAUGAGAUCCAAGGAGAACACACGAGAACGCCUCCUACUCCUACUCCUACCAUGCCUCCGAUGAAUUACAAAAUCCCUCGCCAUCCAAAUGCCAUAUUCUCUUUUCCUACUCCCACUCCGUAUUCUGCGCCAUCCGGUAACCCUACUUUAACCCUUGCGCCAUGCGCGAAUGGAUCUGCUUCUGAACUCUUCAAAUGCAUUGUGAAAAAGCCUGAUGUGGUGCAGAUGGAGAUUAACGACGAAAUGCAGUCAAAUGCGUCUGAUGUAACCGUGCAAUUUUUAGCCGAGCUCAGAGUCUAUACGACUGUCCAAACGCAUCGCAACAUAUGCGCUUUUCUUGGCUCACUCGAGAAUGUAGGCAUGGUACUUGAAUAUAUCGACGGACGCACUCUCUUCGAUGUCAUUUCUGUCAGACCUGAGCUGACCGUCUCGAAAAAAAUUGAUUAUCACAAUCAACUCUUGGACGGCCUUACACAUUUGCAUUCAUAUGGGCUCAGCCAUGGUGAUCUAUCGUUGCUCAACAUUCAGGUUACCAAUUCGUCCGAUACCAUAAAACUUUUAGAUUUUGGCCGCUCUGUAUCUGCAGAUUCAGUAUACGCGAAUCCAGAAGCAGAGCCUAUAGAUCCUUUUACUGCACUUGCAAAACGAACUUCGAUCUUUUCUCCCCUUCCGCCUAGCAAAACUGAACAGAUCCAUCCUGGUACUCGUCCAUUCUGUGCACCAGAAAUCCUUCGUGGAGAGUGUCAAGAUGCACGGCUGGCGGACGCCUACAGUUUCGGUUUGAUUAUCGUCUGCUUGGAUCGAUGCGAAACUGUCGAUAUAAGGCCUUGGGAUCAGCGGAAAGAUCUUUUGCCAAGGGAUCUGUUUGAGGGUUGCUCAGUGUUUGAGGAUCGGGCUCGGGCAUAUCUGCAGAAAUGGAUGACUCGUCGGAGACUGAUGAAGGAAGACAAGAUGGCCCUUCCAUGA